GUACGGUACGUCAAGUUCUGCAGCGUUGUGCGUCAUUUGAAUUUUGCAACGUUGUGUUCCAUGAAAUUGUGUACCGAUGGAAUAUAAAUGUGCCACGAAAAAUUUGUGGUUGUACAUUUAAUCUAUCACGUCUUUCUAAGAUACGAUCGAUUCGUCAUGGCGAUACACAGGCAAAUAUGAAAGCGUGCAGCGGCCACGCGGUGCACUGUUUCGCGGGCGGUCCGCGGAAGAGCAACGAGUCGCAGUGUCCGAUGCUGCAGAAACUGGAGAAGCCGAUCCUGUCGUCGUCAACGGCGAUCACGCCGCCGAUGUCCAAGUCGACGAUCGUGCGAAACCACUUGAACAGCACCUGCAGCGUGACGAACUCGCCGCACCAGAAGAAGCUGAGGUUCCACCUGGCGAAGGAGAGGAAGGCCAGCACCACGCUGGGCAUCAUAAUGAGCGCGUUCAUCGUCUGCUGGCUGCCUUUCUUCGUUCUGGCGCUGGUCAGACCGUUCCUGAGCGACCCGGACGCGAUCCCGCCGUUCCUUUCGAGCCUGUUCCUCUGGCUGGGCUACUGCAACAGCCUUCUAAACCCGAUCAUUUACGCGACCCUGAACAGGGACUUCCGGAAGCCGUUCCGCGAGAUCCUCUACUUCCGGUGCAGCAACCUGAACCACAUGAUGCGCGAGGAGUUCUAUCAGAGCCAGUACGGCGACCCGAUCAACAACUACGAGAUCAAGGCCGGCGAGAUGGACGGCGCGGAACGCUUGGACAACCAAGGAGUCGAGGCGAUCGACGUCGCCGCGAACAUGCCUAACGAGAGCUUCCUGUGAUCCGGGAUGGAGGACGCGUCCGCUCUCGAUCGUCCGGAUUCUGGCCGCCGUUAGACGAGAAAGUUCCGGCCGCGAACGCGUUGCCGAUCGCCGAUCCGGAGACACACCUGUCGCGCCGGUCAAUUAAUCGCUCGAAAGCGCGGGAUUAAUCGGCCCGGUCGAGGACCAGCAGCGGUAGCUGUUCUCGAUUUGUCCGCCGUCUGACGGUGUCCUAACUCUGUGUUCGGUGACCGGUUUAUCGGCGAGGUCGGUUAGAGGAUUCGCUUGUUCCGCGGAUUUUGUCCUGCCGUCCGAGCCGCGUCGGGCCCGGCCGACGAUAAGCUGGCUCUGGACAUCGAGAGGUCCUUCCUGUUUCUCGUGACAACCGGCGGAGUCCUGUCUCAGCGCAGCCGGAUAAAGGAUUUCGGGUCCCCGAAGAGCCCGUUUCGUAGCCACUGUGUAAAGCGUGCUACGCCAGCCAAGAUGCUAGACUACCAAAGAGAUUCCCUUGGGUAUUUGACGUGGCUCGGUGAUUUUCCCGGUUAGAGGGAGCGAGAACACAUGUAGGAAACCUUUGAUGCUUGAUAACUAAAGUACGUCUUUCGCUUAAUGUAUCCAGACCUAGAAACGCGACGGUGUCCCGCGAAUACCUGCAUUAUAUGAGUGACAGCGAUGGCCGAAAGGAAGCUCGGAAGUGCAGCAGCACGGUAAUGUGAUUACGAUUUCAGGAACGGCUGCCAGGGUUUGCGGUGGUGAUUUGUUUGUUGGGAAGACUGCCGAAAAUUCGGAACCACUUGCUCAGUUUUUGAUGAAUUUUCACUUGGGUUCUAGCAGGCGAUUCGUCUGCUGCAAGAUAAACUGCACGGUUAUUCCGAUCCGUUGGGGAGCUCUUGAUUUCUCUUUGGCUAAUGAAUUCGAAAAUUGCUCUGCGCUAGUGGGAGAAUUUGUUGGAAACGUUGAUUGGUUCUUGAAAUAUUAUUGACGCUUUACUUCGGAAUGACUGUAUGUCGAAAGGAACCUUCAAAGUAUUCUUUUAUUAUAAUCGUUCUAAAAGAGGUUACUGGAUCGUCUUCGUCGUCGAAGAAUUUAUUGUGAAAAUUAUGAACCACGAACUGUGGUAAAAUUAUUGAAAAUCCAAUGAUAGGCAAUCAAUGUAGACUACGGAUUUAUAUGCAAAAUAAAAUGUGUCUACAGUAACUGCAAGAUGCUGGAGUUGCGUAGAGAUUUAUUUAUUUUUUCUUAAUCCCUCAACGACGGGCCCAAAAUACGGACCUGAAUUUUUCAUACACUGAUACGAAAAUAACAAUAUAAUCUUAAUAGCAUUAACGUUACGUUAUUAAUUUUAUAACAUUAACGUAAUCUUAAUAUCACAUAAAUACAUUAAUACAAGAUUAUAAUUUAUUAUUAUAUGGUACAAUUGCAAUACAUUAUUUAAGCACAACUAGAUUCUCUUACAAGGCCCCGUGUUAAAGGGUGUAUCAUUUUAUCAGGUUCGAAGUGAUAUAACAGCAUUUUAAAAUUCUUUAAAUGCUUCCCACUGUUCUGCACUCGAUCUACACAUUUUUGUCAUGAACGCAUAAAAUCCGCAGUUUAAUAAUGAGUUAAGUAACUACCGAAAGAUGAAAUGUUAAUAUUAACUCUCCAUGCUACGUGAGAUUUGAGUAAUUUUCUUGCUGGAUUGAAUUUUUGCUGAAUUCAUAGCACAUCGAGAGUGUAGAGAGAUUAACGUGUUCCAGAAAAUAUGACAUACUGGUUGGAGAAUUUAAUAAAACAGCUGUAGAUAUAUUUUAUCGUUGAUAAUUACUAUCGUUUGAACACGAAUCGUUUCGAAGGCGAGUGGAAGAGUGUAAAAAGUAUAUAAACGUAUAAGUAAAAAUCAACAACAUAAUCAUUAAGAAUAACGUUGCACAAUGUGAAUCGUUUCACCCCGAAUCAAUAUAUUUUUUUUAUAUGUAAUAUUAAUGUGCGCACAUAAACAUUUCGAGCUUCAGUUCGGCCAACGCUGUAUAUAAUUGUACAGAAGUUGCAGAAGUAAUGUGUGUAGUGUUGCGUCAAUCACUUCGAAUGGUAUGUAAUUAGUAAGCAAGAGAUUCCUCGAAUCUAGAAACUUAUUUGAUCUAAAUGUACGAAGCGUGUCUACCAGCGUACACGAAUUUCGAAACUAAACAGAACGUGCGUGCGCGUCAUGCGUGAAUCUCCGAGAUAAAUUAAUUACACUGAUAAUGUAACUAUUAAAAGUACAAUUCGGAAUGACCAAUUAGAAAGAAAAUAAUUUCCAGUUAUUUUGUUGAGCUAAUGAGAAAUUGCAAUGACAAAUUUUAAAGUUCUAUUCUGAAGGUCAUCGACUAAAAACACAAUGCGCUGGAAGCUGAUUAGGGGUUGAAUUUCAUAUUAUCAGAUGUAAUAAUUUAUGAUUCUUUUGUAAUCAAAUGGCAAUUGGAGCUGAGGAAGAUACCUCUUUUCAUUCUUCUUUUAGUUAAAAUAGUGUAGGUGCCGUUGACACUUUCAAACGCUAUUAACCCUAUUACAGACUAUCAUAAAAUUUCACCCCUGCAAAUUAGUAAACAAUGUGCUCAUUGGUAAAGCCAAUUUGAUUUUAUGUAUUUAUACAAAGCGUGAGUAACGAUAUUAUUAAACAAUGCGAUGACCGGUGACAGUAA